AUGAGUGAUCUGGAGAAAAAGAAGAAAUUUAAAGGCUUAACUAAUACAAAGACCAUAAAGCCUACAGUUAAUGGGAGUGUAAGAGUAGCACAAGCUUGUGAUCGAUGUAGAGCUAAGAAGACUAAAUGUGACGGAAAACAGCCAUCAUGUUCAGGAUGUGAAGCUAUAGGGAUCAAAUGUAUCGUUUCUGAUAAGUUGACAAGAAGAGCAUUCCCUAAAGGAUAUACAGAGAUCUUAGAAGAAAGAAUCAGACAACUAGAAGGUGAAAAUUCCCGUUUGAGUGAUUUAGUGAACUUGAGAGAUGAGCAGAUCAAUAACUUCCAAUCCCUAAGCCCUGACAAUACUCGAGGGUCAGAUGAUAAUAAACCAGGGAAAUCUUUUGAUUUGAAUGGUUUCAAUAAUGGGACUAUAGAUUUUGAAGAGACCACCACCCAUACACAUGAUCAAUGUUGUGGAUGUGGAGAUAACAAUUUCCAUCAACGCCCAGUUUCUGUUAAUGAGUUAAAUGAUGGUAACCAUGGUCCCUUAUCGAUAAAUAAUCUUGAUUUGAGUGAUGAAGAUGAUGAAACAAAUAGUUUACUUAGUACUGACGAUGAGCUCAUAUCGAAUUCAUUAGGGUCGAUUUUGAUCAAAAGAAAUACUUUGUACUCAAAUAAAUUCAAUAAUGAUAGUUCCAAACCAGCUCCUGGAGCUUUUGCAGCUGCUACUGCUAUUGAAAAAAUGCAAAAAGGAAGUAAAAUGAUCGAUCAACAAUCAAUGUUAACAGCAUUAGUAGCGGCUUCUAUCCCCAGAACUACUGAAGAAACUUUAUUUGUACCAACCUUAUUAUCAAGUGUUUGUCAGAAUUAUGGUUAUGAUUCUAAACAAGCUAUUUUGGCAGCAAAUGCUAUUGGGUCUUUGAAAGACGAAAUAAAUAACAGUGAUGAGUUCAAUAAUGUCAAAUUGGUCAAUCUUAUAAUGGAAAAGAAACAAUUAACUGACGAAGAGAAACUUUUCUUCCUUAAGAAUUUGAGUCUUGGGAACUCUAGGGUUGAGUUUGAUCAAUUAAUCACCAUGUAUUUCAAACAUUGGGGGAGUUUCUUACCAAUUUUGAAUAGGAAUUCGUUCCUCAAGAGUUAUUCGGAUUACUUACAGAUCAUUGAAACAGAUAAAAUCGAUACAUCUGAUUCGAUAGAGAAAUUUGGUGCUACGAUGGUUUUGAUAUUGGCUAUGAGUCUUUUAUCAAGUAAAUAUGAUUAUUUCAACAUGGCCAAUUCAGCUAUACCGAAUAAGGCAUCUUUUGAAGAAAGAUUAAACUAUUACGAUUAUUUGAUUCGUCAAUUCAUAAAACCUCAAUGUGUGAUAACGAAAGUUUGUUCCAUUCAAUCUUUACAAAUUUUAUCCUUAGCAUUACAAUAUUUCUUAGCUAUAGGGGAUGUAUCGACAUGUUUUGAAUUAAGAGGUAGAGUAAUAACUAUGGCUCAACAGUUGAGAUUACAUAGAUGUCCAGCAGCUGUCUUAGGGUUCAGUGGUAUUCAUAAUAAGAAUUUGAGAAAUUUGCAACAAGGUGAAAGACGUAUUUUAUUUUGGUCUGUUUAUAUUUUAGACGUUUAUUCCUCUUUGAAUCUUGGGGUACCUAGGUUAUUGAAAGAUUCUGAAAUAGAAUGUGCUUUACCGUUUGCUGGUAAGAAGGUUGAUGAUGAUGACGAAGAGAAUGAGAAUAUCUUGAUUGUGAAUAAUACUCGUUUGACUAUUGUGGGUAAAGUUUCGAGGUAUUCGUUGAGUGUGAUGUUAUAUAGUAGAGUUUUAUCAAGUAUUCUCGAUAACAUUUAUUAUAGUAGCCAAGAAAACGAUUCAGACUUUGAAAUUUCCCAAAAGAAGGAAACUCAGCUUGAAAUAUGGAGAAGAGAAUUACCUGAAGAAUUGAAGUUUGAAACUGGGGUCAACAGAAAUUCUCUCGUGAAUGAAAUAGAUAAAGAUCAUUGGGAGAAAUAUAGUGUUCAACAACUUAGUUUAAUCUUCCUUUACUUCCAUGCAAGGACUUUGAUCUAUUUACCUAUUAUUUCCAAAUUUGGUAAUCAUUUUGAUAUCGGAUUAUCUGAGAAGACCAAAUUGACGAAGGGAAUGGAAAGUAAAUCAUCGAUCAUAUCCAGUAUUUCCAUGAUCCAACAAAGUUCACUCCAAAUACUUCAAAUCUUAAGAACGUUCUUGAAUCCUAUGAAUCCAAUCUUAUUAUCAGUUCCUUUGAAUUUACCUCGUGAACAUUCAAGAUUGUCAUUAUUGGUUGCCAAGGGAACGUUGGACUAUAUUAAAGGAGGGACAUUAUAUCUGUCAUCGAAGAAUCUAUUGUUGGAUACCGUUCCCUUGAUUGUAAGGGAGUCAAAUCUCAAAAUUCCUGGUAGUUUAUCUAAGAAUUCCUCCAAAUUGAUAGAAAUGGCUAUCCUUAGUAUCUUAGGACUCCCACUGAAAACACCAUUGUUGAAGAAAAAGAAUACCGUGAAACCAGUUGUGAAAAGACCAUCCAUGUUAAACAACGUGGUAUAUUCCCAUGAUCUUGAAAGUUCAAUAUCACAAACUGAUGAAAUCAAGAGUGAACAAUCAACAGAUGUGUCUGACCCAACUGAUCAAGAAGAAAUUGAUAUUGAUACGCUUUUGGAAUUUGAUCCUUUCAAAGUCAAUUUGAGUCAAAAUGCUUUGGCUAAUGAAUUUGCAGCCGAUGGUUCUUUAGGUUUAGCACCAUUCUUAAAUUAUGAUGAAUUCUUAAAUCUUGAAUAA